AUGAAGAAUCAUGUACGAAAUGACAAGUACUUGAGAGCGGAAAUCUUUACUAUGAGUCGUUUGUGUCACCCUAACACUGUGAAUACCGUGGAAGCAUUUGAACGCAAGCGACACAUUUAUCUCUUUUUGGAAUUUUGUUGGGGAGGGAAUUUGUGUGAAAGAAAUCCCACAGAACCGGAAGCAGCGGCCAUUGUCCGAAAGAGUCUGUCGGCAGUGGCGUAUAUGCAUCGUUUACUUUUGUCGGGGGAACAACCAUUUGUGGGACCUCCCAAAGAAAUGAGUUGGGAAAAGCGAAAGAAAUUCAUGAUUGAUCGAAUCAUUUGA